AUGCAGUCCUAUCUCCAGUAUCGUCGCAUCGGCCAGGCCGUGCGCAAGCAGUUUGCUGACCAUCCGGAAUGGGGCCAGAGCGUACCAGGUGAAAGCAAAGGUACCAGCGGCAACACCAGCGAAAAUGACGAGGCUGUCAGGGAGAAGAGACUCGAAUCGCGGCCACUGGCGCUGCCCCCCGGCGUACAGCGCAGAGACAUCACCGACAGCAGCGGGACGCCCUCGUCGGUCUUCCUCGUCGACUGGGAGCAGGGCCAGGAUCCCAUGAAUCCGCGCAAUUAUAGCAUGACCACGCGAAUCACGGCCACCCUGAUCGUCUCCGCCCUCGCCUUUGCAGUCGGCGCCGCAUCAUCCAUCGAAUCCGCCGUGAUCCCCCAAAACGCCGCGGCGUUCAACGUCAGCGAGGUCGUGGCCUCCCUCGCAACAGGCAUCUACCUCCUCGGCUUCGCCGCCGGCUCCCUCGUCUCAGGGCCCUUGUCCGAAAUCCUCGGCCGCAACGCCGUCUACAUCGGCUCCGUCACCCUCUUCAUGAUCUUCAUCAUGGCCAGCGGCCUCGCCCCCAACAUCGGCGCCCAGCUCGCCUUCCGCUUCCUGGCCGGCGUCUUCGGCUGCCCGCCCCUCACCUGUGCCGGCGGCACCAUCGCCGACCUCUGGAACCCGCUCGAGAAAACCCUCACCUUCCCGCUCUACGCCAUCACCUCCUUCGGCGGGCCCAUCUUCGGCCCCGUCAUCGCCUCCUAUAUGGGCCAGGGCACGCUCUCCUGGCGCUGGACCAACUGGAUCAUGCUGAUCAUGUCCGGCCUGGUCAUGGGCCUCAUCCUCCUCUUCCAGCCCGAGACGUACGGGCCCCUCCUGUUGAAAUGGAAAGCCGCCCACCUGCGCCAGGUCACCGGCGACAACCGCUACCGCUCCCAAAUGGACGUCCAGAAGAUCGCCCUCCUCGACCGCAUUCUCGGCGCCUGCAAACGCCAGUUCGCGCUCACCGUCCACGAACCCAUUAUCCUGCUCAUCUCGCUCUACAUGACCGUCAUCUAUAUCGUCUUGUUUACCUUCUUCGACGGGUAUCCGUUCAUCUUCCAGGACGUGUAUGGCCUCAGCCAGGGGUUGACCAAUAUCGUCUGGGUCGCGAUGUAUGUCGGCAUUGCCGCGGCGGGGCUGUGGGUUCCUGUUGUUUAUGUGUGGACUAAGAGGGAGUUUGAAGCUGCUUCUACUUCUUCUUCUAACACUGGAGUCUCGAGACCAGGAACAGAUGCAACCGUCAGCUUAGAAGGAUCCCAAGAAGACGACGACCAACAACAAGAAGAAAAUGCGAAGAAAACCCCCCACCCAACAAGACCCGAAAACAGGCUCUGGUUCGCCAUGCUCGGCGCCCCAUUCAUUCCCAUCGGAUUAUUCUGGAUGGGCUGGACAGACUACAACCACAUCUCAAUCUGGUCCCCAAUCAUCGCCUCCGCCGUCUUCGGCUUCGGGACCAUCACCGUCUUCAUCUCCAGCUACAUGUACGUGAUCGACAGCUACGAUAUCUACGCGGCCUCCGCGCUGGGCUUCAUGACUGUGUCGCGGUAUUGUGCGGCAGGCGGCAUGACCGUCGUCGGCAUCCCGUUCUAUCGUAACCUGGGCGUCCAGUAUACGCUUACCAUCUUGGCGUGUAUUAGUGUCUUGAUGACCCCCGUGCCGUAUGUUUUUUGGUAUUGGGGGGUGAAGAUUAGGGGGUGGUCGCGUUUUGCGGUGGAUUCUUAG